AUGAAGACUAGCGUAAUGAACAACAUCGAAAGGCGUGACAAGUGGUCGGGCAAUGCAGAGUUUCUACUUUCUUGUAUUGGCUUUGCUAUUGGCCUGGGUAAUGUUUGGCGAUUUCCUUAUCUAUGCUAUGAACAUGGAGGAGGAGCGUUUCUCAUUCCAUACUAUAUAACAUUAAUCUGUGCUGGCAUUCCAUUGUUCUUUCUGGAAGUUGCUCUUGGACAGCAUACAAGUAUUGGAGGAUUAGGUAUUUGGAAAAUCUGUCCUAUAUUAAAAGGCACGGGCUAUGCGGCAACAAUUAUUGUAUUCUGGCUCAAUUGUUAUUAUAUUGUCGUAUUAGCAUGGGCUUUCUACUAUAUUUAUCAUUCAUUUAUACAUUCAUCAUUACUACCUUGGACAACAUGCGGCAAUUGGUGGAACCAGGAUUCAUGUCGAACAUUAGAUCAGUUGCAUAAUUAUACAUCAGUGAUGAAUUGUACCUCAUGUGAACAAAGCAUGAGAAACCAUCUUACACAAUUCACUAAUCCUGUGAAAGAAUUUUGGGAUAAUAAUGUCCUCCAAAUAACAAAUGAUAUAAGUGAGCCUGGUUCAUUUCGUGUUCCUUUAGUUAUUACAUUAGCGCUUGCUUGGAUCCUAUGUUACUUUUGCAUAUGGAAAGGUAUUCAAUGGACAGGAAAAAUCGUUUAUUUUACAUCGAUGUUUCCUUAUUUACUAUUGAUGAUUCUGCUGAUACGAGGUUUAACACUGGACGGCGCUAUGGACGGUGUCAAAUAUCUAUUCAUACCUGAUGUGUCCAAGCUGAAAACAUCAGCCCUCUGGAUUGAAGCGGCGACACAAAUUUUCUUCAGUUAUGGUCUUGGAUUAGGAGUUCUUGUGGCAUUAGGUAGUUACAAUAAACGGCAUACGAAUUGUUACAGAGAUACACUCCUGUUAGCAGUAUUCAAUGAAGCAACAUGUUUGAUCAGUGGAUUGGUUAUAUUUUCUGUCAUUGGGUUUUUAGCUAAAACAGAAGGAAAAGCAAUCAAUGAAGUAGCUGAGUCAGGUCCAAGUUUAGCAUUUGUUGUUUAUCCAGCCGCUGUUGCUCAACUACCGUUUUCACGCCUUUGGUCAGUCUUAUUUUUCGUUAUGCUCAUCUUCAUCGGUCUUGAUAGUCAGGGUGGAAUGUACGUCUUCAAGAUUUUUGACUAUUACUCAGCGAGUGGUUGGUGUUUGCUUAUUGUACUCUUCUUUGAGUGUAUCGGUGUUUCAUGGUUCUAUGGUGCUGAUCGUUUUUACGAAGAUAUCAAUAAUAUGAUUGGUUAUUAUCCUAAUCAAUUUUGGAAAUGGUGUUGGAAAAGUAUAGCUAUUUUCAGUCUCGUGAAAUAUGAACCGGUUACUUACAAAAAAUACCGAUUUCCGAAAUGGGCUGAAUAUUUAGGUUGGUCUAUUGCUUUGUCAUCGAUUGUUGCUAUUCCUAUUUAUGCAAUUGCAUUUUUUGCAAGACAAACAGGCACACUGAAAGAACGAUGGAAUACAGCUACACGAUCAACACUCAACGACAAUGAACAAAAUGAAUCUAUGUCAUAUGAAGAAAGUGUUGCCUUGAAUAACGAUUCAUUUUCUUGA